CGCGCUCGCUUCCGCUUCCGCCGCUUUGUGCAGCCGCUAUAUUUCCGGUGUCGGGCAGUGAGUGAGCAGAAUGGGUCAAAGCCAGAGUGGUGGACAUGGUCCUGGAGGUGGCAAGAAGGAUGACAAAGACAAGAAGAAGAAAUAUGAGCCCCCCGUUCCAACCCGAGUGGGGAAAAAGAAGAAGAAAACAAAGGGACCAGAUGCUGCCAGCAAACUUCCACUGGUAACCCCUCACACCCAGUGCAGACUCAAACUGUUGAAGCUGGAAAGAAUUAAAGAUUACCUUUUGAUGGAGGAAGAAUUCAUCAGAAACCAGGAACAGAUGAAACCUUUGGAAGAAAAGCAAGAGGAAGAGAGAUCAAAGGUGGAUGAUCUGAGAGGGACCCCAAUGUCUGUAGGGACACUGGAGGAGAUCAUUGACGAUAAUCAUGCCAUCGUAUCUACAUCGGUGGGGUCAGAGCACUAUGUCAGCAUUCUCUCCUUUGUAGACAAGGAUCUGCUGGAGCCAGGGUGUUCAGUUCUGCUUAAUCAUAAGGUCCACGCUGUCAUAGGAGUCCUGAUGGAUGACACAGAUCCUCUCGUUACAGUGAUGAAAGUGGAGAAAGCCCCGCAAGAGACAUAUGCAGAUAUUGGGGGCUUGGAUAACCAGAUUCAAGAAAUCAAGGAAUCUGUGGAGCUACCUUUGACCCAUCCUGAGUAUUAUGAAGAGAUGGGAAUCAAGCCACCGAAAGGAGUGAUUCUUUAUGGGCCACCUGGCACAGGUAAAACGCUAUUAGCCAAAGCAGUGGCAAAUCAGACCUCUGCCACCUUCCUGAGAGUGGUCGGCUCUGAGCUUAUACAGAAGUACUUGGGAGAUGGUCCAAAGCUUGUCCGUGAACUGUUUCGGGUAGCUGAGGAGCAUGCCCCGUCCAUUGUCUUCAUCGAUGAAAUUGAUGCAAUAGGUACUAAAAGAUAUGACUCGAAUUCGGGCGGCGAAAGGGAGAUCCAGCGGACGAUGUUGGAGUUGCUGAACCAGUUAGAUGGGUUUGACUCACGUGGAGACGUAAAAGUGAUCAUGGCCACGAACAGAAUAGAAACGUUGGAUCCAGCCUUAAUCAGGCCAGGACGUAUUGAUAGGAAGAUCGAAUUCCCUCUGCCAGACGAGAAAACCAAGAAGCGUAUCUUUCAAAUUCAUACCAGCAGGAUGACCCUGGCAGAUGACGUUACUCUAGAUGAGCUGAUUAUGGCUAAAGAUGAUCUCUCUGGUGCAGAUAUUAAGGCAAUUUGCACAGAAGCUGGCUUGAUGGCUCUGCGGGAACGGAGGAUGAAAGUAACAAACGAAGACUUCAAGAAAUCCAAAGAAAACGUUCUUUAUAAGAAACAAGAAGGCACCCCAGAGGGCCUCUAUCUUUAACUUCCUUUUUUUGUCCCGGGGUGGGGUGGGGUGGGGUGGGGGGUAUUGUUGGAACCUUCCUUUCAGAAUACAGAAAAAGCAUGAGACAUUCAAACAUUGGUGAGCAAAAAGAAAAGCUGUUGCUGCUUGAAGCACGCUAAGUGAAUUCCUCUGUCUUGUAGUUUAAUUCAGCGUAAAACACUUUUAUUUGUCAUUAAAAAAAUGGUUUUCAAGUGAA